AUGGCCCUGCCGAGGUUGAGGGUGAAUGCCAACUCGGAGGAGAAAUUGGUUCAUCCGAACCACAUGGUUUAUCAGAAGAUGGAAGCCCUCGUUAAUCAUAUGCUUGAUGCAGAAACGGGCGUGCCUAUUAAGACCGUCAAAAGUUUCCUUUCUAAGGUGCCAUCCGUGUUCACGGGUCAAGAUCUCAUAGCAUGGAUUAUGAAGAGUCUGGAUAUGUCAGAUUUGUCUGACGCUCUCCACCUCGCACAUCUCAUCGCAUCACAUGGUUACCUUUUUCAAAUAGACGAUCACGUACUCACAGUAAAAAAUGAUGGAACCUUCUAUCGGUUUCAAACUCCGUAUUUUUGGCCAUCCAAUUGUUGGGAACCCGAAAACACAGAUUAUGCAGUCUACCUUUGUAAACGAACAAUGCAGAACAAAGCCCAUUUGGAACUGGAGGAUUUUGAGGCGGAAAACUUAGCUAAGCUGCAGAAGAUGUUCAGCCGUAAAUGGGAGUUUGUAUUCAUGCAAGCAGAAGCUCAGUACAAAGUUGACAAAAAGAGAGAUCGCUUAGAGCGACAAAUAUUGGACAGCCAAGAAAGAGCAUUCUGGGAUGUACAUCGACCUGUACCGGGAUGUGUGAACACAACAGAGGUAGACUUCCGUAAAUUAUCUCGUUCUGGUCGACCGAAGUACAGCAGUGGGGGACACGCAGCCUUGAACGCUGCAGCGUCAACAGGUUGUAGCCCAUACUCUACCAGUGCUGCUGCUGCCCAUGCUAGUAUGCCUUCCACAUCAAAUGGUGCACCAGCUACAGCUCAGCAGACAUCUCAGAGCAGUAGUAGCUUAUCAUCGAGUACUGGUGGAUCAUUUCGGAACAGUUAUUACGCAAGACCAGGUCUCCGACGGUGUACACAAGUCCAAGACACUUUAAAGUUAGAGAUCAACCAACUUAACAGCCGACUAUCAAAAAAUGUCCUGCGAACCUCGAAGGUAGUCGAGAACUAUUUGGCAUACUACGAACAUCGGAAGGUGUUUGAUCCAUUCCUGACGCCUUUGGGUUCCGUUCCCGAUCCUUUCCAGAGCCAACCUAACCCUUGGAUUAGCGACACCGUCGAUUUCUGGCAACAUGACAAAAUCACCGGAGAUAUCUCUACUCGUCGUUUAAAACUCUGGGAAGAGUGCUUCGAAGAGUUGCUCGCUGAUGUCCUAGGAAGGGAAACGUUGCAGAAGUUUCUUGACAAGGAGUAUUCUGGUGAAAAUCUCCGCUUUUGGUGGGAGGUACAAAAACUGCGAAAGUGCAGCUGCAGAAUGGUUCCCGUUCUUGUAACGGAGAUCUACAAUGAAUUUAUAGACUCUAAUGCAACUUCUCCUGUCAACGUGGACUGCAAGGUUAUGGAAAUAACGGAAGAGAAUCUCAAAAAUCCUAAUCGUUGGAGUUUUGAUGAAGCAGCGGACCACAUAUUUUGUUUGAUGAAAAAUGACAGUUAUCAGCGCUUCCUCCGGUCCGACAUUUACAAAGAUCUCCUCAUACAAUCGAAGAAGAAGGUACCAGUGAAGUUAUCUCGGGAUAUUGGUAUACGUUUCCCUACGUUGCCUGGUUUCUCAUCAAAUACCGUUCGUCGAGAUGCAAACCUCACUGUUGGAGGCGCUCAAACUGUGGUGGCAACAAGCGGCUCUUCCAGCUGUUCUCCAACAACAGCAACUACAGUAGGCAUUUGA